UUCUCGCUUUUGGUUGGCUGAGACGACGAAACCAGUCAGCUCCAGCAGUCGAAAUCGCGAUGACCGAUUAGUACCUACAGCGAGCGGUAGCGCGUUCUGUUCCAUACCGAGUGGCGAGACGGUAUCUGGACUUGGAUCUGGUUGAGUGAUUGUUAUAGGAUAAGAGCAAAGCCCAAUAAAAUUCGUAUCGUGCAGAUAACUUCGUUGUAGGUAUUUUGCGUGAAUUGCCAGGUGUAGAAAAACAAUAUAGAAAGUGAUAAAGCAUACAGCAGGCUGUGAACUACUCAAGGCCCAAAGGCCUACUUGGUGGGUGUGUGAGGAGAUUCGCAAAGAAAGUGAUCGGCUGUAGCUAAGGAGAUCUAGAUACCUGACGGGCAUACAUCACGCGAGAAGGUUCCGCCAUCAUGGCUUCAUCGUCGCAGCAGAGUACCCAGCACCAUCAUCCCCCGGAUGUCGGGAACUAUUUGAACAACUUCAGGAACCUUCUCGGACCCGGCAUGAGCGAUCUGACCGACAUGACCAAACGCUAUGGACCAGCUUUUCCGAACCCCAAGGAUAGCCACGUGACUCCGGCGGACCUGAAGCGACUGGUGAUGGCCAGCGAGCGGAUACAGACGUUGAUUGAGACGGAAUCGGAUGGUGAUCCGGGUAAGAAAAAGGAACUCAUCAACAACAUUAAGGCUAUCCUGGACGAAAUAGGAUUGGACGAAAGUUUACCCAUCAUUCGCACGCUGGGUACGAUUCUGAAUUUUAUCUUCGGUCGGAUACUGACCGGGCUGCACGUGAAUGAGACUAAACUGCAACAGCUCAAAUCGAAAUUCGGAAAACAAGCGGUUCUCUACCUGCCGUCUCAUCGGAGCUAUGGUGAUUUCAUCCUGAUGUCGUACGUGUCGUUCUGUUACAACAUAGCCAUCCCUGGCAUUGCUGCCGGUAUGGAUUUCCACUCGAUGGCCUUCAUGGGUAGUGUACUGCGCAGCACCGGAGCAUUCUACAUGCGACGCACCUUCGGUAAUGAUGCAAUCUACUGGGCGGUUUUCAAGGAAUACAUGCGGCAGCUGGUGCGGGUGUUCGACAACGGAGUGGAGUUUUUCGUUGAGGGAACGCGGAGCCGGAGUAAUAAGGCGCUGGCGCCAAAGAUAGGGCUGUUGUCUAUGGCACUGGAGCCGCUGUUUAUGGGAGAAAUUCCGGAUGUGCUGGUCGUACCGGUUAGUGUGUCCUACGAUAGACCACUGGAGGAGCAGUUAUUCGUUUACGAGUUGAUUGGAGUUCCGAAACCUAAAGAAUCUACCAAAGGACUGCUGAAGGCAAUGAGCAUCCUCAAGGAAAACUAUGGGUCUAUCUAUUUUGAAUUUGGAGAACCAAUUUCAGUGAAAGAGUACUUUGGUCAGCAGUUGGAUCGAUUCCAGCAUGCUGUAAAUCCCAGCCAUGUGCAGACCCUUACCAAAUCUGAACUCGGGAUGAUUCAGAAUCUCGCAUUUGAUGUAGUUCAUCUACAACAGCAGAAGAUCGUUUUAACCACGUUCCACCUGAUAUCGAUCUACUACAAUUAUAAAAAGUAUCUUGGACAAUCGAUUACUCUCCCAGAACUUAUCGAAGGUCUCAGCAACCUGCUGGAUAUCUUUAAGGACCUUGGUGCAGUAACGACGAUCCAAAAGACCGGAAAUCCAGAACUAGAUCACCAUCUGAUACGGUCGAGCGUCAAGGAAGCCCUAGCCGUACAUCGAAACAUUCUUCAAAUGACCCGGGAUGAGGUCCUAACGAUAGCCAAAUCCAAUCACGACUUCAGUCAAGUAGACAAACGAAAACUGAAAGGCCACAACCUCUCGGAUGUGGUCAUGAAACUAUCGGUGCCAAUUUUUACACUCCAGCUGUACUGCAAUCCGUGUCUUCAUUGGCUGGCCCAGCCGGCAUUGGUAUUGCUCGUGGUCAAACACCUGUCGCGGCAGAGUAGACUGAUGGUGCAGAUCGACGCCUUGCAGCGAGCAGUAGGCGAACUGAGAAACCUAUUCGCCGGAGAAUUUGUCUUCCACUCGAGGCGAGAGCAGGAAGAUUUUGACCAAUCUCUGAGACACCUAGUUGAGUUUGGUCUUCUGGAACGGAUAACUGAAGAUGUUCGAUUAGCUGGCAAUGGAGAUGGCGAAUAUGUCUAUCUCAGCUUGAUCGGACCGUUCCUCUGUUGCUACUUGCAAGUUACUACCGUGCUUAUGAACCAGUUCUUCAACGUGUCCUUCAAGGAGAAAGACUAUCUAGCCAAAGUUCAAGAGCUGGUGGAACAGCUUUUACUCCGAAAAGCUCGAAAUGUGCAUCCGUACUGCUUAUCGUUGGACAGCAUCAAUCUGGCACUUCAUUCUCUAGUCAGCCUCGGUGCCAUCCGGAAGUCGAAAGAAAACAACGUCACCAUGUUCACGGCUGACUCGCUCCGUGUUCGAACCCUUAACGGCAUGCUGCGGUCGUACUGCGACCUGCUCCCGUUCGAAUACCUGACCUUCCAGGGGGCCGUCACCGAGGCCAAGUUGUAGAAUUUGCUUUCCUGGCCAGCCGAUCUGGUGUCCCGGGUGCUGGCCCCACCGAGGAACCUCUUCCAGCUGGUCCGGCUACUGUUGACGGUAGCGUGGCAGUUGCUGCAGACUGUCCUACGCUUCGGUAGGCUCAUCGGUCUCAAGGUCUGGGGAAUGGUGCUGCCACCCCCGCCGGAUCAUCGCAGGAUUUAGUGAUAGUUUACCCACCUGAUGCAGGUGUGACCAUAGAAUGAUUCUUGCUGAUAUCAUUUCCUUUGAAACUCAAAUUGAGCAUCCUAAUUUUAGAGAAAAUGACAGAAUUUCGACAUGAUUUCAGCAAGCAUCAUUCCAGUGGCAAAUGUUUGUAUGACUUUCAUUCGAAAGCUGUAUUAUUUCAAACCAGUCAGACAUAAUGAGUAAAUUUACGUGAAAUAGCUAAUAUAGGUAGUCUCUUAAGAAAGACGAAAUACAUUACAAUUAACUGUGGGCAAAGUGCAGUUUUUUUUACCAUAAUUAAGUACUCAAUUAGUAAUAAGUAGAAAACAUGCAUGCAUCUGUGUUGAAAAGUUAUUGUGUUGUGGGUUUACAUACUUGUACUAUGCUUGUAAGGGAAAUUGUGUCAUAAGUAAUAAACUAAACUGUUUAAAUUAUUUUUA